UCAUUGACUCUCCAGCCAUAGCUAACCUCAGCCAACACCAAGAGUGGGAUAUAUUCAGGAUUCUAAAAUAUUUCUGGAAUUUGGGAGUUUGCACUUGCCGAUGGAAAUCACAGUAUCUGCUUACUGGCUGGAAUGGGUUAUCAUUUAACAGCCAAAAGCUCUAAAGGAACGGCGUUAUUGACAAAAUAAUUAAAAAAGGAUCUAGAGUAUGCUUGUCAGUGCAAAGGUUUUCUUCCUCUUGUGUAAAAUCUACAUCUAUACUACAGACCAAAAUAUGCAAUAUGCAUAAGAAAAUGAAAAAGUUUAAAAAUAUGUAAGUAAGUUAAUUUGCCCAAUAACCAACACAACACAGCAUUAUAACUGGCACCUAGUAUUAUUAUUUUUUUUAUCUUCCUAAAUCAGUAUGUUGUACUAAUAAUCGAACAUAUUAAAGUAGAAAUGUCUAAUUAUUUUCAAAUUAGUAAAUUAACAUACCAGAUUUGAUUAAUCAAGUCUUCUUCAUCUGAGAAGCAUGAGAAAUAUCAGGUGUACAUGACUACGGUCACGAUAAAAACACUAAAUUUUUACAUGCAAAAUGCGAAAAUAAACUUGCAAUCGCAAGUCUAUCAAACUCGCAUACUAUCGAAGUUAGUAUUCACAGUUAAUACUGCUUUAAAAGCUUUUGUCAUGUAGUGUACUUCUGCAACAGUGUUUAUUUUGCUUGUGUACUAAGCAUGAAAACAAGUUUGACAACUAUUUACAAUGAACCACCUGAGCGAGUUUCUGUCCAUUACUGUUCCCUAUUGGUGUAAAACCCCGAGUAGGGUGUAUGUCCUGAGUAUUGCUGACACCCUGUUUUGUAUGCCACUUACAUACGUCCCUAAGAACCAGGGACGCACUUAGCACUAGGCAAAGAUAGGCAACCACCUUGGGCCUCCAGAAGCCAAGGGCCCCUAAAAAUUCAAAUUCUAUAUUUUUUUUAUUAUUAUAAAAAAAAUAUUUUAUUAAUGCUAAAUAUAUUAAUGCUAAACGGUCCCCAAAUCACUAAAUCCACCCCUGCUAAGAACCUAGGCACAGCAUGACUGAGCUGUCACUGGGAUCGAAGGCUGUGGGAUGACAUUAUGUAUGAACUCCCGCUCUGUUUCGGUGAGACAGUGCCUCUACUCUCUUGCACAAAAUGGCAUAGCUUUAAAGAGUCCCACGUUUUCCACAGAUGGCUCUCUGACAGACUGUGUACAGACGGAAUGCUUCGAUUGCUUCACAUGGUACAGACGUACAUUAUGACAAAGAAAGUAUCUUUUAUAAAGACUGGACAGUCCGGAGUUGACUGAGUAUCCAAAUAGGUCAGAUCUAAGGAGUAAGGAGUAUAAUCCAUUGAGUACUGUGUAUGUGAACCAUGUGACAGAGCUUUCUACCUGCUUCACUUACCAAUUGAUACACACACCAAAGCAUGGGAGAAGACGGAGUGUGUUUCUAUCAAAUCUUCAGCCAUUUGGGGAUGCAUAUAAAAACUAGGGAAGAAAGAGCAGUCAUCUGAGUUAUUCACAUUAAUGGAUUUUCUAUGUGAAGGCAACAGCAGGGACGACACACGGAUCUGUCGGAUUGUUAAUGUACGUGUGAGGAAACCAACAAACUUCAAGAAACCCAGUUCCUGUGGGGAAAGAAGUCACCAAGCUAAUUAGAAUCGACAAAUAUGGCACAAACAGAGUGUGAUGAAAUUACUGAGGUGGUGUGUUUGGAGUCAGAGCUGCAAGAUGGACAAAUGAAGGAGGUUGAGGUGGACCAUCAGAAAAUUCUCUUGGUUCGUAAUGAAGGCCAGUUCUCUGCCGUGGGCGCUCUGUGUACUCACUAUGGAGCACCGCUUAUUAAAGGUGCUUUGAUGGGAAAUAGAGUGAGGUGUCCUUGGCAUGGCGCUUGUUUUAACACUAAAACAGGAGAUAUUGAAGAGUUUCCAGGCCUGGACUCUUUGCCCACAUACAAGGUGAAAGUUGAGAAUGGUGAAGUUCAUGUUACAAGAAAUAAAAAGAAUGUGACUAAACGUAUUAAAGAAAUGAGCUGUAGAGUGCCUGGAGUCUGUCACACCAUACUUUUAAUUGGAGGAGGUCCUGCCUCUUUGCAAUGUGCAGAAACCCUUCGACAGAAUGACUACCAGGGGCGAAUUAUAAUGGUGACCAAAGAUGAGCAGCUGCCUUUUGACAAGACAAAACUUAGUAAAGCCAUGAACAUAGAGAUUGAAAAAAUUCUCCUUCGAUCCAGUGACUUCCUAAAACAGCAUGGCAUUGAAGUAUGGACAGAAAAGGAAGUGGUGGCCAUGGAUACAGAAGAAAACACAGUCAGUUUUCAGGAUGGUACCACUCAACACUACAAUCAGCUCUUGAUCGCUACAGGAGCGAGAGCUCGGAGUAUGCAAUGUCCUGGUGCUGAAAUGGAGAAUGUGAAGCUCCUGCAGAGCUACAAAGAUGCAGCUGAGAUUUAUCAGAUGAGCGUAGGGAACAGGGUGGUGAUCAUUGGAACAUCUUUUAUAGGAAUGGAAGUAGCAGCUUUUCUGGCUGACAAAGCAGCUAGUGUAGCUGUUGUGGGCAAAUCUGAUGUGCCUUACCAGUUUUCACUGGGACCAGAUAUUGGCAAAAUGACUAUGCAGAUGCUGGAGGAGAAAAAUGUGAGAUUCUACAUGAAUAAUGGUGUGGCUGAGAUCCAAGGGAAAUACGGAAAGGUCAAGCAAGUUCUACUGCAAAAUGGUGAUGUGUUGCCAGCAGACGUUGUAAUUGUGGGAAUUGGCGUCAUUCCAAACUCUGAUUUCCUGAAGGGGAGCAUGGUGGAAGUUGAUUCAAGAAAUGCAAUCAUUGUUGAUGAGUUUAUGAGAACCAACAUUCCAGAUGUCUUUGCUGCUGGGGAUGUGACAUCCUUUCCUCUUUCAAUUCAUGCCGAUAAAAGGGUUAAUAUUGGACACUGGCAAUUGGCGCAAGCACAUGGCCGAGUUGCAGCUUUAAACAUACUGAAGCAGCAGACUAAACUCCACUCGGUCCCAUACUUCUGGACUGUGUUGCUGGGAAAAAGUAUCCGAUAUACAGGUUAUGGUGAAGGCUAUACCGACAUCGUUUUCAAAGGAAGUGUUGACGAGAGGAAGUUUCUUGCAUUUUAUAUAAAGGGUGAUGAAGUUAUUGCAGCAGCCAGCUUGAACUUUGACCCUGCUGUAUCAAGAGUGGCAGAAAUAAUGGCAACUGGGAAAAAUAUUACAAAGUUAGAAGCUGAAUCAGAGGACCUCGGAUGGUUGCAGCUCCCUUAGAUGGACCACGUGCAUCAUUACUGGCUACAGAAGAUCCCUUCAAUAGUUUGGAUGGAUCAUGACCUUUGUUUUACUCACCCAUUUUAUUUCUGCUUUAGAGAACAUAUUAAUCUCCUGAUGCAAAACAUUUAAAGAUUAGACAUUGGCUCCAGCACUAGCUUUGGUACUGCAUAACUGGAAAAGAUUACUUUUGAAGCCUUUCCUUUAAUAAGUUACAUUUAUAUGUUUACUUUAAUUUGUCCUUAUAUUCAAAGUGCCCGCACCUCCAAUAUAUUCUAAAUCAUCUGUAGUUUGUGGUUAUAUAUAAUGUCUUUGUUGGACUGGAGCAACAGUCAAACUAUUUCUCAGAGAUAGCUUCUUCUCCUUGCUUUAGCUGUUGUAUUGUUAGUAGUUGUUUAUAUUUUGUUUUCCUUACAGCAUUGAUGUUCUUUUUUCCCAUUUUUUGUGAUGGAAAUCCAGAAAAUGAAGAAGUAUUUUAUUUAUUAUUUAAGGAACUAUUUCCAAAAACAUUAGAAUUAUAUAACUUUCAAUAAUUACUUCUUGUUUUUUCUGAAGUUAAAGGUUAAGUAGAAACCUUUCGCAUAUGAAGCCUAUAGUACUGUCCAAACUAGUGUGUAAGUUUAAAAUGCAAAUUUGCUUGCAGGUUUGAUGUAUCUAUGUUGUAAUAAAAACAAAUCAACAGAAUAUGACGUGAACUGACUAAAAAUUUAGAACAGGUUUUGGAAGUCUAGUUAAGUCUGUGCUAAUUAAUGACGACACUUUACAGAACUUUAGAAAUGUUCGUACGUAAAAUACUAUACUACUGGAACUACUGUAAUUGUACUAAGAUUUCUGUAAUCUAUUAUUAAAGAAACCUACAAGUACCAGUUUCCUGUGCACUUGUUUGUCACUGGCACGGGCAUGAUGUAUGC